CUACCUGGCCCCGCUAGGCGUGUACGCGUGUCCAUAUCCGUCAGCGCACGAGGAUAGCUCAUGCCCGUUCCCUUCUGCGCACCAUAUCUAUUCACAUCGUCCUCAACACACUCACCAACGACCGACCAUGCCUUCUCGCAGGGCUGUUAGUGUCGGUCUUGGCAUCGCCUCUGGUGGCCUCAAAAUAGCGGAGAGUGCGCUCGAGGUCGUACCGGGUUUACCUACCCUCGCGGUGGGGCUAAAUCUUCUCGUCGUAAGGGUUCAGGCAAGUGGAUCCCAACCACUGCAUCGGAUGAACGAGAUUAUAACAUUCUCUCACUACCUCGACAAAGAUAAACGCCGUGUCGCCGAGUAUGACGGCGAUGAGCAUGAUAAAAAACAGCUAUUGGACGAGGUUAAGUCUAGUGAGCUUCAGAAGCGAGUCCAAGAUCUACAGAGCACAAUUGACGGCCUUGUGGAACGCGCAGGAGAGCUGAAGAUUGGGAAAGGUUUCCGUGGGUUCGCCAAAAGGCUCGUGUACGCGUCUGAGAACCGAGACGUCCUAUCAGACAUGAAGGAAGAGAUGACACGGGCAAUAGGCCUGUUCAAGCUCAGCGGGUCAGUUUCUAUUGAGAGCAUUCUCGACAGGGUUGCACAGACAACGAAGCAAAUCCAAGAUCGAUUGCGGGAGAUUCAACGUCAACAACAGGAAGGCGAGGACAAGAGAGUCAUCGACUCCAUUCCUCGAGCAGAUGCAGGAUAUCGGUCGGUGGAUGAACUCAAGAGCGGAUUCACGCAAGGCACCCGCGAAGAGCUAUUCGAGGAGCUAAAGCGGUGGUCAGCCAAUCGAUUCCCCGAAGACAAGCCCAAACGAGUCUGCUACCUCACCGGUGGUGCAGGCCUAGGGAAGUUGUCGAUCUCCCACCAGCUCUGCGUCCGCCACGACUCACUGGAGCAUCCUUUGCUCAGGCUCGGCGCUUCAUUCUUCUUUGUCCGCGGUGGCGGGGACCUCGAGGAUGCUCGCCUUGUUUUUUCGACGCUCGCACGCCAGCUUGCGGCCUCUCAGCCGACCCUUCGUCCUCACAUCGCCAGCGCCGCACAAAAGUACCUUAGCCACGGCGACCGGCAACAAAUACAACAUGCAUUCGGGGAGCUCCUUCGGGACACUUUCACCGCUGCCCCCGCGGAUCAAGUACCAACACUGAUCGUCAUCGAUGGGAUAGACGAGUGCAAGGACAGGAGGCUCGUUCCCGAAUUGCUCCGAUGCUUGCUCAGUCUUGUCCGCGAGUUUCCCUGGCUAUACGUCUUUGCCGCAUCGCGCCCAGAACCCCACAUAAUGUCGGUGCUCGCAUCUCCCGAUUUUGCCCACGUUGUUCACCAUAUGCGACUGGAGGACACUGCGGACGGUGAGGGUGAUGUCGGACAUUACCUCAGGAAGACUGUCCCGAAGAUACCGUCCUAUUCCGACUUCCUCGAGAAGCACCCCGACGCCCUUGAACGCCUCAUCAAGCGUGCGGCCGGCGUAUUCAUCUUCGCCCGGAUCACCGUGAAUUUCUUGGACGAACAUCAAAAUUGUCCAGAGGAGUGGUUCGAGCUUGUUCUCUCAGGUGGAGGUCCAGCGGCGUCGCCUCUCCAUGCGUUGUAUCUGCAGAUCCUCCAGUCUGCAUUCCCCCCGGAAGACUUGCGCGCCUCACUUCGUCAACGCAAAUGCUUCCGUUCCCUCUUGCGUUUUGUUGCAUUAGAAUCUAACUGGAUAAAUCCUGAGACUGUUGCAUUUUAUGAACGCGAUCUGUCAGUCCACGAUGUCUUCUACAUGGUGGACCGCCUGCGCUCCGUGCUGAUGGUCGACAAGCACGGGCAUGUGGUGCCCCUCCACGCGUCGUUCGGCGAGUUCCUUGUCGACGAGCAUCGCUGUAGUGAUGUGUUCUACUACAUGGACAGGUCUGAAGGGCAUGCUCAUCUUGCAUAUGCUUGUUUAGCCGCCAUGUCUUUUGAAAACCGUACAUAUUUCCUGCAGGAACCGGACCUGCGGACCCAGCACACAUGUCAACUUUGAAAUAAUGGU